AUGCGCAGGGCAAAAGGAUACCAAGAUCUGGACGAUAAUGUUGGAGAAAUGCGGCAACCAGUACCACCUAUGCCUCCACCGCAAGAAAUAGAAAUGGCGUCAGUUUCAGUAGUCCCUGAUGACACUUUUACUGUCACUCAAGCCGUCAAUGCCUUAGGCUUUGGAUGGUUCCAAGUUAAACUAUCUCUUUUUACUGGACUUUGUUGGAUGGCUGACUCAAUGGAAAUGACUAUAUUAAGUAUUUUAUCACCUGCAUUACAUUGUGAAUGGAAUAUAAGCAAAUACCAACAAGCUUUAACCACAACAGUUGUGUUCAUGGGAAUGAUGCUAAGCUCUACAUUUUGGGGCAAUUUAAGUGAUAGAUAUGGCAGAAAAACUGCACUUAGUAUGUGUGGAGUACUAUUAUUCUACUAUGGACUUUUAAGUGCAAUUGCUCCUAAUUUUCUUUGGUUAUUAUUUCUAAGGGGGCUUGUUGGAUUUGCAAUAGGAUGUGUACCACAAUCUGUUACAUUAUAUGCUGAAUUUCUACCCACAAAGCAGAGAGCCAAAUGUGUUGUUCUGUUAGAUUGUUUUUGGGCCCUGGGUGCAUGUUUGGAAGUAGCAUUGGCACUGGUGGUUAUGCCAACUCUUGGUGUACAUUGGCUUUUGGCUUUAUCUACCAUACCUCUACUUAUAUUCGCCCUAAUAUGUCCAUGGCUACCAGAAUCAGCAAGAUUUCACGUCGCAAGUGGUCAACCAGAUAAAGCUUUAGCGACACUUGAAAAGAUAGCAGAAGAUAACGGACGUCCUAUGUUACUAGGUCGCCUCGUAUGCGACGAUUCUGUGGGAAUCGGACAGCGAGGUCGCUUGAAACAUCUGCUUAUACCCCAGUUAAGAAAUACUAGCCUCCUACUUUGGGUUAUAUGGAUGUCCUGUGCGUUCUGCUACUAUGGUCUAGUACUAAUGACGACAGAGCUGUUUGAGACCGACGCGGACAGCGGUGAGGAGGCGUGCGCCGCCGACUGUCGCCCUUUACAGACUACGGACUAUAUGGAUCUACUGUGGACUACUUUGGCCGAAUUUCCUGGUAUUUUCGCGACAAUAUUCGUAAUUGAAAAGUUUGGUCGAAAGAAGACUAUGGCAUCCCAGUUUGUUAUAUUUGCUAUUUGUGUCUUCGCUUUAGUAUACAAUUCAAACCGCACAUUCUUAACUUGCAUACUAUUUCUGGCGCGAGGUAUCAUCGCGGGGUUGUUUCAAGCAGCAUAUGUCUACACACCUGAGGUGUAUCCAACGGCCCUGAGGUCUACAGCAGUCGGCGCUUGCAGUGGGGUGGCGAGACUCGGCGCUAUGAUCACUCCUUAUGUAGCACAGGUUCUGUUGAAGAACUCAAUACUAACAGCCACAGCGGUGUACUCGGCGGCAGCGUUAGUCGCCGCCGUCGCGUGUCUAGCCUUGCCGAUUGAAACCAAGGGCAGAGAACUAAAAGAUACAGUCACAGCUACUGGA